AUGUUAUACCAUCCUUAUUUCACCUUCCUUCGGGAUUUCUAUCUGGAUUCCGGCCACCACCUUUUAUUUCAAAUCCUCGACUGCUUAAUCUUCUGCUGCAUCGUUAAGGUGUUUUCACCGGUGAGCUCCUCUGCCUAUUCCCGUCUCACCGAGAUGUUUCCAUCGUUCCUCCAUCAAUCCGCCUCAGAUCUGUCUUCAUUCACUUGGUUCUCCAACCAGCCGCUGUUAGAUGGUCCUGUUCCCUCACACCGAAGCUAUCGCCAACUCUUCCUCCACAUUAGUCAUCGAUCUUCUCAGCUGUGUGUUUAG